CAGUUAUAGUUGAUAGACAAUUUGAUGAAAAACAUUUUGCAAUAUCUAUAAAAUAUAAUACAAAAAAUGCAUACUUAAUUAAUUCAACACUCACUCUAAAUUAUAAAGUACCUAAUUUUUAGUAUAUUCACAUGGGGCUUUCAGCGAGUAAAAAGAUUGCAACUGGCUUAAAGCACUGCACGUUAUGGAAAGCAGACAGAAGUCCUGGGUGUCGAGCCGUAAUGAUGGCGCUAGACGCCAUGAACUUGAGCAUAACGGAAGUAGACAUCAACAUAGAUAAAGGAGAACAUAGAACACCAGAGAUGCUUGCCCUAAAUCCAUUACAAACAUUACCAGUACUUAAGGACCGGGAGCUUGUGCUAUGCGACAGUCACGCUAUUUGUGCGUACUUAGCUGGCCGAUACUGUGACUCCGGCCGCCUGUUGCCGAAGGAUCCUGGCGGCCGUUCCAUAACAGACCAGCACAUGCAUUAUAAUAGUGGAGUUUUAUAUCCUCGAUUCCGCGCAGCUGCUUAUCCGAUCCUAUACGAAAAUUGCAAUUUUCUAAUGCCACAACAAAUACAAGACAUCGAAUGUGCUUAUUGUGAUUUGGAGUGCAUGUUGGUUGGUAAAAGCUGGUUUGGUGGUAGUUGGGCAACUCUAAGUGACAUUAUCUUUGCGUCUACAAUCAGCACCCUCAAUAUUUUGGUGCCUGUUGACAAAUACAAAUUUCCAAGACUCUCGGGGUGGUUAUAUCGCGUGUCAGAAGAAUUAUUUUACGUUACAGCCAAUAGGAAAGGACUCUGCGAGUUUUCGAGAAGAAUAGAUUGCGGCUGUGUUAAAGAUGACAAAGAAUUCAAGUGUCCAAGAACCUCCAUGAGACGACGGACGCUAGCGGCCGAUUCAUAAUAAUACCUUGGGGCUUGCCAGAAGUUAAGGGCGGGUGCAGUUUGCCGAAAGUAUUCUAAUGGGCCUGUAUCGCCGUUUCCUGAACUAAAGCAGGUAACAAUCUCCUGAUAAAUGUACCUACUGUUCAUUUCGUUUCGUUAAUGAGUUAAAAUUUAAUUGUAUUGUAUAAUUUGAAAUGUAAAUCGCAUUAACUGUUUGUGAAUUUAUUACAACUUCCAGAAAUAAUACAUUGAAGUUAUCAAAAAUCUACAAUCCAUUAGGUAGGUACAUGCCCGUUAGACUACUUGCUAUGACCUUGGCAAGUAUCAAGGAAUGUAUUUAUAUUUCAUGCUUAUGCGAAAUAAAUGAGUGAU